ACUGUUACUAAGGGUAAGUUGCGGCGGUGGAAGCUGAGCGUUUCCACAACGUUAGCUUUUAAAGGCUAACUUUCUUUCAUCACAGUCAUGCCGUAUGCUAACCAGCCGACGGUCAAAAUAACAGAGUUAACAGACGAAAAUGUCAAGUUUGUCAUUGAGAACACGGAUUUGGCGGUUGCAAACUCACUGCGCCGUGUUUUCAUGUCAGAGGUUCCCACGAUAGCCAUCGACUGGAUCCAGAUCGAUGCCAAUUCGUCAGUACUGCAUGAUGAGUUUAUUGCACAUAGAGUUGGCCUUAUCCCGCUUACCAGUGAUGACAUUGUGGACAAAAUGCAGUAUUCUAGGGAUUGCACCUGUGAUGAUUUCUGCCCAGAAUGUUCUGUUGAACUGACCUUGGACGUUCGAUGUACUGAUGACCAGACACGUCAUGUCACCUCACGUGAUCUCAUGUCGAACAACCCCAGAGUCAUCCCAGUGACUUCCAGGAGUCGAGACAGUGAUCCCAAUGAUUAUGUUGGACAGGAAGAACACAGAGACAUCUUACUAGUGAAACUUCGAAAGGGUCAAGAACUACGGCUCAAAGCUUACGCCAAGAAGGGUUUUGGAAAGGAGCACGCCAAGUGGAACCCAACAGCAGGAGUGGCUUUCGAAUAUGACCCAGACAACGCAUUGAGGCACACGGUCUACCCGCGCCCUGAGGAGUGGCCAAAGAGUGAAUACUCUGAGAUUGAAGAAGAAGAGUUCCAGGCUCCUUAUGACCCAAAUGGAAAACCAGAAAGGUUCUACUAUAAUGUGGAGUCCUGUGGCUCUCUGCGACCAGAAACCAUCGUCAUGUCUGCUCUGGCUGUCCUCAAGAAAAAACUGAGCGACCUGCAGACUCAACUGAGUCAUGAGAUCCAAACCGAUGUGCUAACGAUAAACUGAGACCAGGACC